UUCGACAGUACGCAGGCGAUCAACUCCAAUGCCGUUGGAAAAAAUACAAAUAUAGCGUAGAUGAAAUCGAACGUUCCCUGUACUGGCUUCCAGUUUGUACUCAAUGUAUGAUUCAGCAUGCUAACAGUUAUUUUUGUGGCACCAAACGGACAGCGUCUCGCGAGCUGCAUGCUGCUUUUAGCGAAAGAGAUUCAGCAAGACGUCAUAUAUAAAUAUCGCAAUGAGUCGUCCCGUAUCAGUUCUUCAGUUAGGGCAAUCCGCGUCUGUCGCAUUCGAUAAGCAUGGGUUUGUGUUUGAAAGUGUUUGUUUGCCUAUCGAUAGCCAUUUCGUCUACAGUGGGGCAACCACGUCCUGAAGAGUCUUAUUUCGAAGAUCGUGUUCCGGUGGGAUACUUUUCGCGUUCGAAUUUAGACGAUUGUCGGAAUCGAUUUCACGAUGGUAUAACUAGGGAUCAGUGUCUGGUGUUUGGCGGAACACGCGCUAACGCGACCGAGUUUCCCCAUAUGGCCGUUAUCGGCUGGACAGACCAAAGUGGUGGAACGCGUAUCGCGUGGAAGUGCGGCGGGUCGUUGAUAACGAAGCGGUUUGUCGUGACGGCGGCGCACUGUGCAGUGGAUGAGCAAAACAACGCUCCCAGUGUGGUGCGGUUCGGUGACGUGAAUUUAGCCUCUGACGAAGACGAUGAGUAUGCGCAACAGCUGAAAAUUGUUCGAUUCAUUCGACAUCCGCAGCAUCGCUUCAGCAGCAAGUACAAUGAUAUUGCGUUGAUCGAACUGGAGAAAGAGGUCAAUCUGACCACGGGUGUUUGUCCAGCUUGCGUUUGGAUUGAUUCUUACUUCCCGUAUGAUGCUUUCGAUGUGGCAGGUUUUGGAGCUACUGGUUACGCCGAACAGGGUAGCCCAUAUUUACUGAAAGCUCAGUUGAAGACAGAAACCACAGAACACUGUACCGAAUAUUUCGAAUCAACUCGAGGCCUACCAAACGGAAUCGCAGAUGACCAAUUGUGUGCCUCAAACAUCGGGAUGGAUACCUGUCAGGGGGACUCAGGAGGUCCGCUGCAAAUAACACUGCACACCUAUAAUCGAAAAGUCGCUACGUUGGUUGGCGUGACUUCAUUCGGAAAGAGUUGCGGCUUUGGAUCGAUCGGUGUUUACCAGAAGAUACAGCCCCACAUCCCGUGGAUAGAGUUGAUUGUUGGAGAAACGUUGGACCCACUGGAGUGCGCAAGAAUGUACGAAGACUACAGAAUGGGAUAUCUACUUGGACCAGAGUGUUCAGUAGAAAACCCUCCAGCUAACCGGGUUGAGCUUCACUGGGAGUAUGGAGUACACAGCUCUCGAUGUGCCGGAACACUGAUCGAUUACAAUACAGUCGUCACAUCAGCAAGCUGUACCAUGGACUCGGCAGGCAAAGCGCCACAAUUCAUCACAAUUUUAGGACAAGCAGUGAACAUAACCGAAGUUAGACGUCAUCCUAACUAUACGCCGGGAUUAUCACAGGACAACAUUGCUCUUAUAAGACUGAAAUCAUACGUGAAGAUAAACUCAGAUAUUGCUCCGGCUUGUCCAGCAUCCGGCUCAUUCGAUUAUGGCUUGAACUCCUUCAGAAUACUGCGUAACACAACCAGCAACACCAGGGACCACAUGUUUCUCCCAGUUCGACAUAAAUGUAACGAUUCGAGCGUUAAUAUGGACUGUUGGGAUGCAAAUUACCGCCUUAUUCCAGGACUGUGUAAAGUCGAUGAAGGAGGGCCAUUGCUCGAUCGCAGUCACUCCACUCUACAGGGUAUCAACGUUGAACCGGGCGAAUGCGGAUCUUACCAUCCGCUAACCGUGCUCAAACUUGACUCCUACAUGGCGUGGAUAGUAUCGUUUGUGCUCGACCGAUCGGUCACUCCAGAACCGCCCAUUACCUUUCCAGAGGAUGACACUUCUUCAUUGUUUUUCAAGCCGUGCAGCACACGGGAUGGAGCAGAAGGUGUUUGCCUUAGUCAUUGGGGUUGUGGUGCGGAAGUCGAGCGGCAGAAACGGAACCGGACUGGUGUGACCAUGUGUGGGUUCGAGGGGGAUGUGGGGUUCAUUUGUUGUCCAAGAGACAGUGUCGGGAAGGUACCUUUGGUGAUACCACCACCUCCGUUGAUACCUUUGAUUGAUCUGGUACAAAUAAAACCUUGAGUUGGUUAUAAA